GUAGCCGAGUAGAUAUUCCGACGCGGCGGAGAUCUUCGGGGCGAGUUUCUGGCUCGCGAGAGGGAGGAUCGACCAGCGGCCGCGAUGGUUGGAGAGAGAGAACGCGAGAAUCGGGCUUAGUGGGGUACCCGCGGGGGUGGAAAGUUGCGCGGGCGCACUGGCAGGACUAUCGAUUUCGCUUGCGAAAGGUGCCACACGGUUGGCCAUCGAUUCGACGCUCGUCUAAAAGGAUUGUGGCUGGCGAUUUCGAAAAGACGGGACCCGCUGACGACGAACGGACCGUCCGCUAGCUCGCAGGUCUGGGAUAGAUCGUCGGCAUCGACGCGACGACGGUGGUGAAGAGAGUGACCGGUGUCCUGACAGUGGCCGGCAGUGUCUCGUUCGCCGACGAGGACGAAGAAGAGGCUCGGGGCUGCCUAAGAUCGGUCCUCGGCCGGAGUCAUGCAGAACUAUGGACACGAGGAUUACGAUUAUGGGGCUGGCGAGGGUGUGCCGCAGUCGCAGCAGGUCACCGGCAGGUCGCUGCCCCAGGUGCCAGGUGCCAGGCCCAUGGUGGACCCGCAUGCCGCCGGGGAGGUCGACCCUAAUUUGUACCCGGAGCCCAAGGAGGCGACCCAUAAGAUCCGCGGAAAGAGCGACGUGAUCGAGUACCUGUUCGGGGCCGUUGACCAGGAGCUGCUCACCGUCAAGACCUUCUAUUUCUUUUUCUACUCGGCCUUCGGCUCCCUGUUCCCUCUGAUGGGGGUCUACUUCAAGCAGAUGGGCAUGAACGCUGGCCAGUGCGGCCUCCUCAUCGGCCUCAGGCCCUUCAUCGAGUUCCUCAGCGCGCCCUUCUGGGGAUCGCUGGCUGACAGGUGGCAGAAAGGCAAGCUGAUACUUUUGGCCUCUCUCUCAUGCUGGAUCAUCUUCACCCUGCCCCUGGGCUUCAUCCAGCCUCCGCCUACGUCCUGCAUGGUGCCGAAGAACAACAGCUCGUAUCUGGAAGCGUCGAAUCCCGACCGUCGGAUCGUCAAGAGGUCCGUCAGCAGCGAGGGUCUGUAUCAUCCGGCGAACGAUGAUUGUUUAGAGGUCGCCGAGAACGUGGUGUUCGAGAGAUUGAGGAAAAACGAGGACGUCCCGGUGCAGACGAUCAGGAGACGAUCUAGAAUGAAUCCGCGACCCGUGCAAACUAUCCCAGACCAGAAUAAUAACCAGCACGAGAGCAACAGGAUCCGAAGGGAGGUUCUCACGACGGAAGACAGCCCCGUGGAGGACCUCAAGUACAAGCAACUGGUGUUCGAAGACACCGAGGCCAACUCCGAGGCGAAGACCAUAGAUUUCGAGACGUUGCAACGAAGAAACCGUCCGGCUGACAUUCUCGAGUACAAACGGUUCCUCAAUAACCAACCCCUGGACGACGGAAGACCGCCGAAGAAAGCGUACACGCAUACCAAAGUCAAGGCGAAACCACCGCCGACGAAGGUCAUGGUGAAGCGGGACGUCGAAGAGGAGGACGCAGCGUCGCAGGAGAAAAAAACCGUACAUUCUCGGCAAGACCCAGCGAAGAACGUUCGCAAAUUAGCGUUUCUAGAGGACGAAGAGGAAGACGAAGUGAACGACGACAAAGACGAAGAGGACGUCGAGGUGCCCGUGGCGAGGACCAAACGCAGCGCCAACACGUUGAACCGGAGUAAACGCUACGCCAGGAUGCCGCACUCUCGUCAGAAUCCACACACCGUCGCCGACGCUGCCAAUUACGACGCCACGGAGAACAAAGGAUGGGUGAAGCCGGUGUUCAGCUCCAUCGUCUACAGACUAUCGGACAUCCAGAAGACUUUCUUCCUCCUGCUGCUGUUGGUGAUAGUCGGGGAGUUCUUCGCGGCGCCCGCCAUCACGUUAGCAGAUUCGGCGGUGAUCACGUUGCUGGGAGAAGACGCGGACAGGUACGGCCACCAGCGCAUGUUCGGCAGUUUGGGCUGGGGUCUGGCCAUGUUCUUCGUGGGGAUCGCUCUGGACCACAGUACCGCGUUCCCGGAACACCCUUGCGGCCCAGACUUGAGGGAGAAGAACUACACGAUCUGCUUCGCGAUCUUCAGCGUUCUGAUGGGCGCGGCUCUGAUCACCGCUACGCAGAUCAACUUCAAGUACGACAUCAUAGUGGCGGAGCCGGAAGUGGUGAAACCGCCGGCUGAGCCGACCAGGGAGGAACAGCUGCAGAGCCAACUGUCCCAACAGCUGAAUCUUCCGACGCUUCAAGACUCCUCGGCCGCGGUGAACCCAAAGCCGUUGCCUCCGGAAGGCAAGACGAAAAUGUUUGCUCAAACGAUGCGAGAGAUCCCGGAGUGGGUGACGGUGCUGAAGACGUUCAAGGACGUCAAGUGCGCGUCCUUCCUGUUCGUCGCCUGGUUCAUGGGCUUUGGCAUCGGACUCAUCUUCACCUUCCUCUUCUGGCAUCUUCAGGAUUACGGAGGCACGCCAACCCUGUUCGGUGUCGCCUCGGUGAUCAAUCAUGUCUCCGAGAUAUUCGCGUACUUCUUCAGCUUCAAGCUGAUUAGGCAGAUCGGCCAUGUCAAGGUGUUGUGCAUGGGGCUGGGCGGGAACGUGUUCCGUUUCCUCUAUAUUUCCUGGCUGACGAGACCCUGGUGGGUGCUGCCUUUCGAGUUCAUCCAAGGCAUCACCCACGCAGCCGUGUGGGCUGCGUGCUGCAGCUACAUAGCCCACAACACACCCCCGCAAUUGCGAACCAGCGCCCAAGGUGUGCUACAAGGUAUUCAUCACGGUCUGGGCAGGGGUUGCGGCGCUGUAAUUGGUGGCAUGUUCGUCGAUGCUUACGGCACGACCGCGACAUUCAGAGCGUACGGGCUGUCCUGCGUCGUGGUUCUCGGCGGGUUCGUGUUCAUCAACUUCUACAGGAAGGACACCGGCUUCGUGUCCGAUCUGCCGCAGACGGAGGACCCUCACCAGGUGGCGGAGGCCACGCAUCUGGCACCGCACGGUGUUCCGAGCAACGCCAUACCCAGGGCACUUAGUUCCACCCGUCUGCACGAGCUGGCCAAUCAGGACACGGGCUACGGGGCCACUUACCAAACGGCGGGCAGUAACCUUGGUAUACCUGGCGCGAACGGAGGUCCCGUGAACCCGACGAAUCCAUUUCUGAACGGUGGCGGCGGCGGCGGAGGUGGAUAUAAUUACGGUAUGACUGGCAUAGGCGAGGACGAGUAUAUCCGUAGGAGCUUCCAGCUCUACAGUGAAGUGAUCAACCGAAGUGAGCUGGACCUGAUCAAGCCGCCGCCGAUAGAGACCCACCUACACGCUCAACAACCAUGCACGAAUCCCUUCCAUCUGCACGACUACGAAUGGUAACAGUCCUGGACGAUCGAUCCUGCCUGAGGUGAUCAGGAUGAUCAUGGGACGCUGGUCGACAACCGGCUCGUUCUCUGGAGAACCAAGAACCAGCGCCAGGUUCGAUAAGACACCGGCAGGACCCUUCGGAAGCCAGGAGAGACUAGAUUCGGCAGCUCGUCGGUGCCCUGUCGGGUCGCGUUUAUUGUAAAUACGGCAUUGAUCGUCGUCUGCUGCACCCUUAUGAAGCCGAUCGCGAGCCUAAACCCUUUUCCUUUUUAUGUAACGGGGCUCUGUUCGGCCGCGAUCCAUCGGUCGACAACACCCCCUCCGAUUGUCCUCUCUCGGCCCUGCUAUUCUAACGUCCUAGCACUUUUAACCGAGCCAAAGAGAUCGGCGAAAAAGACUGACCGACGAUUCGAAAGUGCCUGGUACUCGAGACGCCAUACGCUCGGAUUGCUAUCUUGUUUACUCAAUUUUCGUGUUUGUUGCAUAUCACCGUCGGUUUCAUAACGGUCACGCAACCGGCGGCACGCUGUUGGCGUAAUCGUGUCGAGCUCGAUCGCGAUCCACCGGGCACCGAGGGGCGGGACCGAUGCCCGCGGAAACGGAAGCUCCUGGAUCGAGGAAUCAACCGGGAGGGUUUGAAACCGAUGUUUCCCGCGGUGGUAGGCGCGACGGCGUCGUCCCGUCGCGUAAUGCUUCUCCGAACGCGAUUAGGGGAGCUUUCGAAUUAUCGGUGGAUCCUCGGGCGGAGGCCUGUUAACAGGAGAAAAACUGGCUGUAGUGAUGGCGCGACUGGUGAGGGAACUUCAAAAACCUCUUUCUCAUCCACUAUCCAUUCCCUAAAUAUUCAAGAAUUAGUCUUCUCUAUUAACGAUCGAGAGGAGAAUUUGGAUAGCAUUUGAACUUUGAGAGUUCGCAGGUCGAUGGAAUAUUUGUCGACGUUGUAUUUUCUGGCCCCGCCGAGUCUCUUCAGGCAAAACCAGAAUGAUACGCCAUUUUCAACUUGAUCAUAACGUUUAAACUUCAUCGUGCUAUUUUGCAUAGAGCAAUCGGUGCUUCAAUCGAAACUGUCUGAUCUUUAAACGAACGUUCGGGAUAUGCGAGGUACAGAGAGGUUGUUCCAGUAGUAUUAUUUAUUAAACCAAUUUAUUUAACAUCCUGGAAUUUUAGGUCGAAACCAGCUGGAAAAGACGCUCCUAUUGUCGAUCAGUCUCCUGAAAAAUGUACGCAAUCUGAAACGUAUGAAAAAGAGCAGUACGAAGUUUCCUUACCAGACGCGACACCAAUGUCCAUCGGGGACCCUGAAAGUGGAUCACGCGUGAUGCGGACCGUUCCGGCCGGGUGAAAAAUACGAUUGUACAGCAGAGUAAUCCGAUUAUCUUUCGAAGCUAUACUUAAUUAUACCUGACACGUGUAGUACGGCAGAACGCAGGAUCUGCGUGGUCGCUUCAACGAAACUAUUUAUCUUACGGACUUGCACUCCGCGGUGUCGUUCGAGUCGCCGCUGCGUCGCCGAUGUCGAUCUAGAAUUGCCAGUUUGAUAAUACUCCAGGGUCCUCCGGAGCUCGCGAAGCACGAUCCAAGGAGUUCGAACAAGGCCGUGUCUUCGAGUGCAAGCGCCUCGAUGUAUUAUCGUGUAUCUACAAUACUCUGCUUCUCGUUUCGUCGUGAUUCUCCGGGCGCACCUGUACUCGUCAUCCUCCGGGAUCAAAGGAACUGAAACGAAAGGAAAGAGCACGAGAAUCGGCAGCACUCAUUGUAAAUAAUUCUCUCUCGCUAUCUCUCUACCUCCCUGUCUCUAUAUAUAUUUCUCUCUCUUUCUCUCGUGUGGAUAUUAAAAACCCGUGUUUCUCGUUGACCCUUGUUUUCAGUUCUAUUAGGCUGAACGUUGCUCGUUCCGUGUUGCAUUCUGUAAAACAUAUCACUUGUAACCGGUUAGAGACUCUAUCGAAGUAGCUCGUAUCGUACUGUUUUACCAUGUAAGCAGACACACGUUCUCUCGUGAUAGGUGUAUGAUACUGUUGAAUUAUAGAAGACGAUUACUCGGAGACGGGGACGCCGGCGAACGCGGGGCUGGCGGUGUGCGGGGAGGGCUCGAUCUUCCGUUCUCAUCGAUCUAGAUCUCUCUGAAUUCGAAGUGAAACGGGAAUCAGUGGCACAGACGCGCGAACGAGAGAUUAUUCUGCUGCGAAAACAAGUGGAAAGAGAUUACAUUGUUUUCUGGAAUGGCUGAUAUCCAAAGUGGAAACAGUCUAUCACGGUCGAACGCGCGAAACGAAUCUUCUGGUAGCAAGAAUUUGUUACGAUCUCACGCUAAUAAUGCUACGUUUCCCGAUCGAUCAAUUUUCAAAGUAGAAACUUACAAUCCGAGAGCGUAGACAUUAUUUUCGUUUCUGCGUCUACGGCAAGCCUCUCCUCCAGCAAUGUCGCUAAUUUCUGACUGCUGCGUGGUUACUGAUCGAGUUAUUACAAACUAGAAAGCCAUGCCGAGAUUUUAGGACGAGCCAAAGUGGACACCCAGGCACUGCCAGGGGAGCGACUGUCGAAGGGAAAUCGGUUCUCCUCGCGCGACCGAGCCCCGGUACCGGCAAACGAAGGGAAAUCAGGUUUCCCGUGGCACAAGCUAGAGAUUACGUUGUACCUACAUACCAUAUAGAAGUUAAAGCUAAACGUAAGGCAUAUCGUCGUACACAUCAAGAGCGAUUCAGCUCGUUAUUGUUACAGAUCAGUACUGGUCGCACGGUGAACCGUGAGUGUGUGUGCGUGUGUGUGUGCCGGAGUGAACCACACCAGAGAUCAGUGCUACAUUUUUCGAGAACACCUUCCACCGAAACCGAGUAGAACUUUAGGACUAAACGUAAUCGUAGUUAGCGUUCUCGUCGCGACUCGUGUUUGGAGCCGUUUGCUUCCGAAGUGGCGCGAGCAACGAUUCUCUGGUGAAUUUUUCGGUAAAAUAUACGUCGUCGUUAGCAACAACGUGUAUAAGUAUUUCUAAAUUGUUUACGCCGCGUGUUUUGUAUGUUCAACGUGAAACGAAACGUAUGUCCAAGAUCUUGCAUCGUGCUUCAAUUAACUGUGCAAUCGGUAAUUCCGACUCGCUCUCUCACCAGAGAAUGUAGUAGAAUCUAUACUGAACAAUCGAUCCGUGUGAAUCACUUGCGACAUUUUCGAAACAAAUGGCUCGAUCGCGGAUCAAUCUUCGUUGCCUUACAAAAGCAUGCGCACGAGCGACGAGGCUGGUAAAUAGGUGUCGAAUCAACCAUCGCUGUAGAUGUUAGGGCAUGAACGUGUUUCGGAAUUGGUCCGCUGUUACACUUUUGUUACUCGCCUUAGCUAGUGCUGUUAGCUGACGCUGUUUCGAGAGCUUCCAGAUCAGGCAUGGGUACGAAUUGCUGCCCCGGGGCAAUUCUAUGGCUCUGGGAGCAACGAAGCCACGCCCGCUCGAGCGGUUUUACACAGUGCGGGAAUUCUAGAGAGGCGGGGCUUCUCCCACGCGCGCUGUUUCCACCAAUUAUGCAGUCGCCUCCGCUGUGGGACGGCUGGCUGGACGAUAGAGUGGGGGAGGGGGCGCGCGUGUGAUCGGUGCAUUUGCAUAUCGUAGGAGACAUAUCGUCGUGGAAUCGUAUCGGAUAUACUAGAAGAAAGUCGGCUGUACAAAAAGCCACAGUUCAAUUUAGAUGUUCGGCGCAUGAGAAUGUUCGACGAUGAUUGUUAAGACUGUGUAAAAAUGAUUAGGUGGAAUUGAAAACAGUAGAAAGCAUAAAAUGUUUUAAGAAUAUCUUUUUCAAGUCGAUUCGAUGGCCAUGUUGCUUGAAUUGGAAAUUGUGCCGGUAGAGUUUCUCGAACGAAUUCUGAACUUCGUGCUUUCUUCUCGUACACUCGACAAACUAAAAAAAAAAGAAAUGAUCGCCCAUGCCUGAUCGGUUCGCGAUCGACGCUCGCGUUUCCGUUUGAGCUUCGCAAGGUGCACGUCGGUUUGCCUACAAGAUGAUUUGUGAAUCGCCGGUGAAAGGCGUGCUCGAAAUAAACGGAAUGAGAUCAGAA